CUCUGGCACCCGCAUGAGCACACGACAGUAAAAACCACAUGUUCAAGAUUGUUAUUUAAGGUUAUGUGUGAUAGUUCUAAAAGAUUUAUCAACACAAAUUAUUUAAUUUAAAUAAUAAAAUACUAUCACUAUUAAAUUUGAAUAAUUUAAAAAAUGGGUGAACAAUCAGAAGAAGAAUCAGCUGAAACUACUGGAACUACUGAAAUUAAGAAAGAUGAAGCUACUGAUGAAACAGUAACCUGGAAAGAUUUGGGAAUCGUUGAUUCAUUGUGUAAAGCUUGUGAAGAAUUAAAAUGGCCUGCUCCAACAAAAAUUCAACGAGAAGCUAUUCCACUGACACUUCAAGGAAAAGAUGUAAUUGGUUUGGCAGAAACAGGUUCAGGAAAAACAGCAGCUUUUGCACUUCCAAUUCUCCAAGGAUUAUUAGAAAAUCCCCAAAGAUUUUUUGCACUAGUUCUCACUCCAACUCGAGAACUGGCUUAUCAAAUAUCAGAGCAAUUUCAAGCUUUAGGUUCAGGGAUCGGGGUAAAAAGUGUCGUGAUAGUUGGUGGCAUGGAAAUGGUUGCGCAGGCUCUGAUGUUGAUGAAGAAGCCGCAUAUUAUUAUCGCCACACCUGGACGGUUACUCGAUCAUCUAAAGAACACGAAAGGUUUUAAUUUACGCUCGCUAAAGUACUUGGUAAUGGACGAGGCAGAUCGAAUAUUGAAUCAAGAUUUUGAAAAAGAAUUAGAUGAAAUUCUUCGCGCCAUUCCUCGUGAAAGACGUACGCUGUUAUUUUCAGCAACGAUGACUAAAAAAGUCAAAAAGCUUCAGCGAGCGUCACUCAAUAAUCCAGUUAAAGUUGAAGUAUCGACCAAGUAUCAAACUGUUGAAAAACUUGACCAAUAUUAUUUGUUCAUUCCUGCUAAAUUUAAAGAUGUGUAUCUUGUUCAUAUUUUAAAUGAACUAGCAGGCAACAGUUUUAUGAUUUUCUGCGCGACAUGUAACAAUACUGUACGUACUGCUUUAUUACUACGCAAUUUAGGAUUAAUGGCAGUUCCACUUCAUGGUCAGAUGUCACAAAAUAAACGAUUAGCAGCAUUGACUAAAUUUCAAUCCAAAAGUCGAUCGAUUCUCAUAUCAACAGACGUCGCUAGCAGAGGUCUUGAUAUUCCUCAUGUUGAUGUUGUGAUUAACUUCGACAUACCGACUCACAGUAAGGAUUACAUUCAUCGAGUGGGAAGAACAGCUCGUGCUGGACGUUCUGGAAGAUCUAUUACGUUCGUUACUCAAUAUGAUGUCGAAUUAUAUCAGAGAAUUGAAGAGCUUAUAGAAAAAAAACUUCCUGAGUAUAAAACUGAACAAAAUGAAGUUAUGGUUCUUCAAGAACGGGUUGCUGAAGCUGAAAGACAAGUCAAGAAGUCGCUGAGAGAAAUGGAAAAUAAUAAAUCUGGAAAACGUAAAAAACGUUCAAAUGAUGAAAACGAUGACGAUGAUGAUACUGAACAAGCCUCUGGUGUUCGAAAUCGAUUUAAAGGGAAAAAGUUUAAUGGCAAACGUAAAAAAAAUUAAAUCAUCACAAAUAAUAUUUAAAUAAUAAUGUAAAAAUUGUUAUGUAUUAUCAAUAUGUGUUACUUUUAUACUUUUUAAUAGCUAAAAUUCUACUUUAGCUAAUAGAUUAAUUUGUAUUGAUAUAAAUAAAUAAUUUAAAUAUUUUAAAAA